GAGGAGUUUCACUUUUGGAGCCUAUGGAGGAGUGGACAAGACAUUCAACAAGGCCAGGAGCUUAUGCGGCAGACUUCAGUCGUCCCCUACACAGAUAAAAGGGGGGAGGGUCUCCAGCUUUGAAGGGGAAACAAGAUGGGAGUGACCCCCGAAUUUCUGCAACACUAGAGCCCCAGCUGUUCCAGCCUACACUCCCAUACACCAGCUCUCCAUUCCACAAGCAAUGCUGCACAGUGACAAAGAGGGAUGAGCUAAGGAACAGACACCUACUGUCAGUCAGAGGAUUACUGCUUGACACUUCAAGCAGCAGUAGCAGCAGUUGCCUUUGCAUGCAACCUGAGACAUACACCUGCUGAUAAUGUUGUAUGUUUGAGCACACGCUGAGAGGGCCUGUGGAUCUUGUCUUCGACUUCGUCUGAUCCGUCUCUUUGUCAGUCAUGGCUACAGUCAGCGGGGAUGCUACCUUUGCUGUCGCAGUGGGACACUCUCAACUGUCCACUAUCUGACAAAGACACAGCAGUCAGAAGGCGACUUUCAUUCAAACCUGUUGAAGUCUAGAAACAUCAUUUGAAGCUGCAGGACACCCGUGUGAGAAAUGGCUGACAGUCAUGAAACCCACUUCAAUGCUCCAUUGGUGACAAAGGCACGCUGGAUAAAACCCGGCAAUACCCCAGAUUUAUUUGAAAUGAUUGAAAAGAUGCAGGGCAACAGGAUGGAUGAGCAGAGAUGCACCUUUUCUCCCCAACUCAAGACUGAGGAGGACUACAUUCCAUACCCCAGUGUCCAUGAGGUGUUAGGCAGAAAAAGCCCCUUUCCUCUCAUCCUGCUGCCUCAGUUUGGGGGUUACUGGAUUGAAGGGACUAACCAUGAGAUGAGCGACGCAGAAACAGAACCGCCGCCACCUCUUUCCCCGAACACCCGCACCAAGCUGGAGUGUAACACAACAGCUAUGAUCUACCGGAAACACUUCCUGGGCAAGGAGCACUUUAAUUACUAUUCAGUGGACAGUGCCCUCGGACAUCUGGUGUUCUCUGUAAAGUACGAUGUGAUUGGUGACCAGGAACAUCUCCGUCUAAUGCUCAGGAGCAAGUUGAAAACCUACCAUGAUGUGAUUCCCAUUUCCUGUCUGACAGAGUUUCCCAAUGUGGUGCAAAUGGCCAAGCUUGUCUGUGAAGACGUCAACGUGGACCGUUUUUUCCCUGUCCUUUAUCCAAAAGCUUCAAGACUUAUUGUCACCUUUGAUGAACAUGUGCUAAGCAACAAUUUCAAGUUUGGAGUCAUUUAUCAAAAGUUUGGACAGACGACAGAGGAAGAUGUGUUUAGCAACAGUGAAGAGAGUCCUGCCUUUGUAGAAUUCCUGGAGUUUCUAGGAGAGAAAAUUGAGCUGCACAACUUUAAAGGUUUCCGUGGGGGGUUAGACGUGACUCACGGGCAGACAGGCACCGAAUCCAUCUACUGCAACUACCGCAGCAAAGAGGUCAUGUUCCAUGUGUCCACAAAGCUGCCCUACACAGAUGGGGACACCCAGCAGUUGCAGAGAAAGCGACACAUAGGGAACGACAUUGUGGCCAUAUUAUUUCAAGAUGAAAACACUCCGUUUGUUCCGGAUAUGAUCGCCUCCAACUUUCUGCACGGCUACAUGGUGGUCCAAGUGGUCAACCCCUGCUCCGACAAUGUCCUCUACAAGGUGUCAGUGACGGCGCGGGAUGAUGUACCUUUCUUCGGCCCGGCUCUACCGAACCCUGCUAUUUUUAAGAAAGGCCCUGAAUUCCAGGAAUUCCUUUUUACUAAGCUCAUCAAUGCAGAGUAUGCCUGUUACAAAGCUGAGAAGUUUGCCAAAUUAGAGGAGCGAACAAGGUCGGCCUUGUUAGAGACUCUUUAUGAGGAGAUCCAUGUGAACAGCCAGGCCAUGAUGGGUGUCGGAGGAGACGACGACAAACUGGAAAACGGGGGUGCAGGAGGAGGGGGCUUCUUCGAGUCCUUCAAGCGGGUGAUCCGCAGCAGAAGCCAGUCUAUGGAUGCCGUGGGUCUUACUUUCAAGAAGCCGCACACAUUCUCCACUAGCUUCAGCAGCAGCUUUAACCACGAGCCCGCAGAGAGCCCCAAAUUCCCAGGGAUAUCAUUGCUUGUCCCAGGCAAAAGUCCCAGUAAAUAUGGACGUCGAGGCAGUGCCAUAGGGAUAGGAACAGUAGAAGAGUCUUUGAUAAUACCGGGGAAAAGCCCUACCAGGAAAAAGUCCGGCCCCUUCAGCUCCAGGCGAAGUAGUGCCAUCGGUAUUGAAAACAUUCAAGAGGUCCAUGAGAAGAGAGAGAUCUCCCUCAAUACCCAGAAGACCCCUGACAGCGGUCACGUCUCUCAAGAUCCCAAAUCUGACAACUCGUCCAAUCAGAGCUCCCCCGAGGCGCUCACCAGCACCAAGAACAGUUCUCUUCUCGGUGGCAGGGCCCAAUCCAUCCCCGAGGGUCACGACCUCUCCCGCUCCUCCUCCAAUGCUAGCAGCUUCGCCAGUGUGGUGGAGGAGAACGAGACAGAGGCCACUGAGGACUAUGACACGGGCAUGGAGAGUCUGUCGUCUGCCGGGACGCCACACAAGCGAGACUCGUUGAACUACAGCACCUGGCUGGAGGACAGCGCCAGCAGCACCAGCACCAACACUACCAGCCGAGGCAGCUCCCCAGGGCCCGGUAAACCUGAGCGAGGGAAGGGGACAGACGUCCGCAUCAAACUGGAACGACCACACGAUCAUCAGUCCUCAUCGAACUGUUAGCUCCUUGCAUUGGUUGUAUCCUGGAUCUCCAUCUUCAGCAUUCCCAUAUGUCGCAAUCCCUCUGGGAGGUUAGACAAGAGCAGGCGUUCGCCAUGUCUAAUGAUGAGAAGGACGAAGAUGAGGAGGAUGAGAAGGAAGAGAGGAAGCAGGUGGAGCGUGGCCAGUCUGCUGCUCAGUGAGAGCUGCUGUGUGGAGUAUCCAGAAACCUGGAGGACACUAGGAAGCAUGUGUUUCCUUCCACUCUUUUCUUUGCCUGUUCACACAUCUGUUGCCUAGGUACCUUUUGUUUCAAAAGCGCACAUUUUUAUCUACAAAUGUAAUGGUCAAAUUUGUAAAAAAUGUUACUUUGGUUUAGUUGGUCUUGUUGAAGCCCAGGUGUGCUGGAUAUACAGGGUAAACACGGUGCCAUUGAGCUCUUUGUAGAAACAGGAAGGACUUUUGCUGCAAUACAGAGAAGAUAAUUGCCUAGAUGGUUUUACCAAAUCAACAAAGGUUUUAACUCAAUAAAUAUCUCUAAUGUAUAUGUAAUACCAAAUAUUCAGCAUCAAAGGAGAGUAUUUUCUAACAAAACAUCUAAUGUGAUAUAUUAUUGUUCUGUUGGAUGCUGUUAAUUGUGAUUAUUUUCUGGGUAAAAUACAAAUUGCAAGCUGCAGAAGAAAACGACUUAAAACUAUUUCCUUUUUAAAUGAGUUCCAUUAUAAGUUCCAUUAUGAUGGAAGCCAGACAUACCUACAAUACAUAUCCCCAACAAUGAAGGAUAGCUCUACAUGUUAUAAGAAAAAUAUGUUUUUGAUUUUGGAAGUGAGUUGUCCUUUUUAAGAAGGCAAUUCCUUCAUCCCUCACAUGUAUUUUACCUCGACUUCUUGACUCGUGUGCACUGCAUCGGAAAUGGGAUUGCAAUGCAGAUAUACUUCAGCGCUGUCCGUAUAGGCUUUAGAUAUAUGGAUACUGCCAUCAAUGACUGAUUUCACUGCUUUGUCCUCUCAUGUGUUGGCGAGGAGGAGCCCAAUCUCUACAUGAUGUUCUGUUUAUCUCUCUAAUAUCUGUCUUUAUUUAUCAAUUUGGUUCCUGUUGAAGUGGCAUUUAUAGCGUACAUCUGUAACACUGUACCUCUGGUGGAUACGUUCAGCAUCCUGCCAUAUGCUUGUACUGUGUGUGUUGCCUUGUAGUGAAUUAUAAUGUUGUCAUCUGUAAAGAGUCCGAUCUCGUUCACUGCAACUUGCAAUGCAUUAAAAAAAGAUAGUGAAUAUUUAUUUGCUUAAAAGAAAAAUAACUAUAUAUACAACUACUGAUUUUGUAAAUAGAUAAUUGGUUGGAGUGUAUAGCAUAUAAUGUAAAGGCCAUGGAUUAAAAUAGGAUUGCCCAACAUCCUUGAAAUCACUGCCAAUUUAAAAAUGGUUGUUUUAUUUCUCGUACACUUACUUUUAAAUAUUUUUUGCAAAGAGAGUUUUAUAGAAGAUAAAUAUUAAAACAAAUAUUCAGACUGUUCAGUAAAAAGGGAAAUCUCCCAGCACAUCCUGCUGAUCAUUUCAGUUGCCUUAUCAUCACACACUGAUGGUGUAAGUAUAGUGAAGGAAAUAAUGAAUAGCCAGCAGGAUUUACAAUGAAAUGAAUGUUUUGUUGUUGUUGUUGUUGUUGUUUUUAUUGUAAAUAAAUGCCCUGAGAAUUUUAAA